UGAACAUCUCACUCACAAGAUCAUUUCACCAGACUUGAGCUUCGAACAUACCACAGCUUAAACCACUAGUUGCUGUGACUUUAGCGACUACUUUCUAGCCCUGGGUGGCCCGAGCAACAGACGCAUCCAUAUCGUCUCGCCGCAAGCUUGUCAGAUUGCACCAUGUCCGAUGAAAAACAACACGGUGGCAAGGCCUCCAAUCACGAUUGCAAGAAUGAACAACAAAGCGAUAGCCCAACCCGUACAGCUCAAAGUUCAUCCACACCUAGAUCUCUGAAGCCUUACAUCAUUAUCUUGUUCGUGCUCUUACUUCUCAUGGUCGCAUACAUUGUACGAUACGAGCCGAUCUGCAUAUUUACAUGUGCCCCUCUUUUCUCUCCAAAACGGCAUUACCCAACGAAGGUGGAAAUGGCCAGAAUUUGUGGAACACCUGCCAAUAUCAACGAGCCUCAUUGCAUGACAGUGCCUGUGGUGGUUCCGAUCAUCCCGUAGUCGACACAUGGUAAUGUCACGGGGGAUGUUAGGCUGCACUAGACAGCCUUCAAUGCGCAAAGCCAAUGGGAUGCAGGAAUUGUGGAGGUCUUUGGCCUCCGUUUCGGUUUACAUAUACUGAGAGUGUAGGCAUAUGUGAAGCUAUGUGAAGCUAUGAUUGCUACUUUCGGAUCCUUGGAGCAAUUGUACUGAGGUAGUUGUUUAGGAGUUUGAAUGAUAACCAUGUGAUGAAAGAUUCCAAGAACUAGUUACCCAAUUCUUUCUACUGCA